AUGUGUCCCGACCACAUCGUAGCCGGGGCGCUCAACGACCUCCUCUAUCUUUUUCUCUUUCGUUCCCACCACCAGAAAUUUCAAAAUGGUAUAACAUCUACUCAGGUUCCUUUAUUUUCUAAUCUGCCUUUCAAGCGUUAUGUUGAGAUUGGGAGAGUUGCUCUCGUUAACUAUGGAGAAUGUUAUGGUAAACUUGUAGCCAUUGUUGAUGUCAUCCACCAAAACAGGGGGAAUGGAGCGACGAGAGAAGAGCAGAGAGCCGCUUGCUUGCAUCCUCUCAGGCACUUGUUGAUGCUCCUGAGUGAUAUGGUGAGAAGCCAAAUGAGCUUCAAGAGGCUCUCGUUAACAGACAUCAAGAUUGACAUUGGCCGAAUCCCCAAGAAGAAGGUUUUGAUUGGCGCCAUGGAGGCUGCAGAUGUUAAGAGGAAAUGGGAAAGCAGCUCUUGAGGUAGAAGUUCAUUGUUCAGAAGAAAAGAGCAUCCUUGAAUGAUUGACAGGUUCAAGGUCAUGUUGGCAAAGAUCAAGGACCUAGUCACAUUGUUGGAGAAUCUGAGGUGGACGCUUCUAAAGAGGGAAGAAGGCUGACAGAUUUUAAGUAUGUAUGUGUGGGCUAUUCGGUGCACAUGGAUGGCAAAGAUAAAGAUCCAUCUAUGAAUCUUGAUGCAGGGGCAAGAAACCCAUCAACUCCACAAGGGAAACACUCUGAAUUGCCGUAUUGUAUCGGUGUUGAGCUUUUGGUGGAUGAAAGACCUGCAGCAGCAACUGCAGGCCAUGCUCCAGGUCAUGUUCCAGGACGGGCUCCAGCCUAUGCCCCGGCACAUGCUCUUAAAACGGACGGUGACCAAUGAUUGUUUGCUAUAGAGACAUUUUAUGCCUGUCGGAAACUAUAAAACAUUUCUACUUGUCUCUAAUUUGUGUUAUAAAAUUCAUUACUUUUAGUAUUUGUGCAUGAUUUGGAGUAGAUUCUUUUUUUUUUUUAAUAAGCAGGCCUUUAAAAAGGACUAGCUAGAGCUGCAGUUACCAAGUCUAGGAGUAGUAAUCCCCCUUGCAUCAUUUUGAAAUACAUGAAUUAGAAAACUAGGUAAAGUUCCUAUCCAAAUGCCUUCAUUUUCUUUAGAAGUUCCAUCUCUAGCAAGUCUAUCAGCAACAUUAUUAGCUUCUCUGUAUCUUUGGCUGAACCUUGGAUUAUUGAAGCAUCCCUUGAGAGAUUUGAUUUCACUGAUGAGCCUCUUUGUUUCGCACUGCGGCUGGGAAGAGUUGAAUUGCAUAUUCUGGAUCACUUUCCACCUCCAGAUGGUCAACCUUUGUCGCAACCGCAACCAAGCAAGCCACCGCAGCCUGCAGCAGAGGAAUUCUUGCCUAGG